GAGACAUACAUAAUCAUAGUGCAAAGUAAUAUGUUUGAAGAUUGUACGGCAAACAGAGCAAAGCAGAGAAAAUUGAUUUGAAAAUAUGCCGGACGGAGAGUUUUCGCAUGCGACAGGACCUGGGCCAAGGAUCGCAUAGAAUGGAUAAUGCUGGCUGCUGGCUGCUGCAGCUGGGCAUCUAUAUGCUGCUGGCUAUGCGACGCAUUCAGUGUCUACUUGUGACUGACAUCAAUGUGCCACAAAUUGUUGAUUUUCGUGAUAACGUGACAUUAUCCUGCAGCUAUGACAUAAGUGGUCACACGUUAAAUUCGGUUAAGUGGUACAAAAACGACGGCGAGUUUUUUAGAUAUGCGCCGCUAAUGCAGACCGUUUUUCGCAAGUUCCCGGUGGCGGGCGUGCAAUUGAUCGAUAACAGCUACGAAUGCAAUGAAUCCUCGUGUCGUGUGGACUUGAAUUUAUUGGGCAUCAAAUCGACGGGCGUCUACAGGUGCGAAGUGUCCGGCGAUGCGCCGCACUUCAAGCUCUCCGAGCGCACGGCCAACAUGAGCGUUGAGGCGCUGCCUCAAAACAAUCCGCUCAUCAGCGGCUUCCACUCGAUGUAUCGUGAAGAUGAUUUCGUCCAGGUCAAUUGUAGCACAGAUUAUUCCAGUCUGGUGACCACGAUUAGCUGGUAUAUAAAUGGCAUCAAGGCCAGCAAAUUGGAUCUGUUGCCCAGUGAAGAGACAACGAUUACGGCACACGAUUACAAGCUGCGGCGCAUCGUCUCGCAGCUGAACUUUUAUGCCAGCGAGCCGCGCUUCCAGCAGCCACAACUGCAGCGCCUGCAGCAGCAGCGACAACAACAGCAGCAACAACAACAGCAGCACAGGCAACAGAAGCAGCUGCAGCGACGCCUCGAGCUGCGCUGCGUGGCCGAGAUCGGCAGCUAUCCGCAGCUGACGCGCGAGUCCACGCUGCAGGCGCUGGUCAUACGGGACGACAUCGAUCGCAAGAAUCAGGAGCUGUACAAGUCAGGUGCGCCGCGGGUCGCUCUGCUCGGCGUUCAGCUGCUGCUGGCCGCGACGACCGCAGCGGCGGCAGCCAUCGGCAGCGGGUUGCUCUGCAGGCCGCUGACAUUUCAAUAUGGCGCCCGGAAGUUGACGCGCUGCAAAAUGGCGACACGGACAGGUGCUACAAGUACAACAACAACACCAGCCGCAACUGCAAUUUUUAGUUUUCACAUUUAACUCGAUCGGGUUUUAUUCACAUUUUUUGUGUUUGUAAACUGUUUUCUAGCUUUAAGCAACUGAAAUGCACGUGAGAAUUUACAACUACAACUGAUAUAUGUAUGUAUAUGUGUGUGUGUGUGUACAUUGUACAUUCGUACAUCACUAUGAGCAUACCGUUAUUUAACACACACACGAUGUAAGCAAGCUAACCUGUGUAAAUAGUCUAUAAGUAUGCGAGUACGCAAUACAAUUAAAGCUCAUCAAUAAAAAUAAAACCAAAUGCAAACGA